AUGGGUUCAACAUCGGCUAUGCCGCAUAUAUCGCAAGAGAAAGAAAACGAAAAAGAAAAACAGAGCUCAGUCAUGAUUGACUCGUCGGGACUAUUGCAAACACUUCAAGGCCACGUCGAAGAAGUUCGUGCACUUAUACAGUGUGGUAUAUGUGUUCGCCCACUAUACGAGCCGUAUACUUUGGGGUGUGGCCAUACCUUCUGCUAUGGAUGCCUCACAUCAUGGUUUAGCAGUGGGAGGUCGCACAAAACAUGUCCAGAUUGUAGAGCCCAAGUGAAGAUUCAACCGGCUCCUGCAUACUUGGUCAGAGCUAUCGUCCAAAUGUUUACUAGCAACGCAGAGCUUCUAGAAAAAGGCGAAACAACGGCAGAACACUCGAAGAAUCAGCGUGAGGAAGCGGAAAAACUCGAAGCGGACAAGACGAGCGACAAUCCCAAUACCGGUGGUCUAUUUCAGGGUUGCUUCAAACCGAAACCUCACCAUAUGGAUCCUAUUUACGAUGCCGAAGAUGGGGUUGCGAGGUGUCCAAACUGCGCCUGGGAGUUAGAAGAGGACGCCUGCAUGAAUUGUGGAUAUCAUGUCGAGGAUGGCACUAUUGACGACUCCGAUGACUUUUCGGAUAUGACGGACGAGGACGACGAAGAUGAUGAAGACGAUGAGGACAUGGAUGAUGACAUGACAGACUAUGACGGUGCAUGGCCGGACGACUAUCCACAUCCAUUACCAUUCCAUGUUGCGGCGCAGUUAUACGACGAAGGUCAUGAUUUUGACCACCAUCACUUUCAUCAUCAUCACCAUUACCCAUUGCACAAUCAUCGAUUCAUGCCGCCUGUCUGGAUAGGAAAUGAACGUUUUGAUCCUAUGGGCCAUAUGGAUGCCUCAUCAAUGACCCAUACAAGUGAGAAUGAGUCGGAAGAAGAAGACGAUAAUUCAGAGGAGUCCAGCAGUUCGGAGGAUUCCGACGACGGAGAGAUGGAUUCAUUCAUUGAUGACGGUUCCAUACAUUACGAGAACAGUGUGAACGGUGAAGGCGGAUACAAUACAGAUCAUUCUACGGUAGUAGGCGAUCGAAGCGACGAUAUUGAUCCGGGAACAGAUAGAGAUACAUCGAGUUCAGAAAGUACCGAUAUGCCAUCUUUCCCUGAAUUCGGUAUCAGGUCAGACCAUGACGGCGGAGACGAUGAGGAUGAGGACGAACCAAUUCGACCGGCACCAAUUCGAAGACCGGGCCAAAACGCUUUCUAUCGAAACAACCCCAUAUCAAGGGGUUCGUCCAGAACUGCAUCAAAUCUGUCAUCCGGGUUUCAGAACCGUUCAGCCAAUGGAGUAACCCGUAGAGCUGGGAUUUCUAGCUCUCACACAAGUGCAGCAUUAUCUCAAGCUCAGAAUCGUCCGGCUGCCGGGACAUCAUCUAAUAAUGCUAUAACCGUCGACGAUGACUCGGAAGAUGAAAUGCCAAUUCCGGCAACGAGGAGACCGAGAACCAACAGGCAUUGA